CACACUUGAAAUCUGAGGGUGAAUUCAUUUCUCUUACCUUGUAGUAUAUGCUGCAAUCGUGAGGAACGUUUGUCGGUAGAGCAUGUGGAGUAGCUUAGCAACUUUGAAAUCGUUUUCGUAAGCCGAUUUGCUAUCUGAACAUAAAACAAGACGAACAAAUCUUUCGACGCAGAAAAAUGGUCAAUGUGAAAAACGAUGAAGUUGUCGCGGAAGACGGCCCUCAAAAAACCGCGAAGCAACUGCAGAAGGAGGCUAAGAAAUUGGCCAAGUUGGAGAAAUUUAAGCAGAAACAGGAAAAAAAGGCAACUGAGAAGUCGGUGAAUGCGAAGGAAAAACCGGAGAAAAAUGAUAAGAAAAAGGAGGUUACAUCAAUCCUUUACACUAUGGAUACAUUACCUGGUGAAAAGAAAGAUAUUGCAUGUUCCUUGCCGGAUACGUAUAGUCCUCAAUAUGUAGAAGCUGCAUGGUAUGCUUGGUGGGAAAAGGAAGGUUUCUUUAAGCCGGAAUAUGGAGGAAAAGAUAUAUUGAAGGAGAAUCCUAAAGGAAAAUUGGUAAUAAUAAUGCCACCUCCUAAUGUGACUGGUUUCUUGCAUCUUGGACAUGCUCUGACUAAUGCUGUAGAGGACACUAUUGUCAGAUGGAACCGUAUGAAAGGUCUUACAACACUUUGGAUACCGGGUUGUGAUCAUGCUGGUAUCGCCACACAAGUGGUUGUGGAGAAGAAACUUUGGAAGGAGGAGAAGAAAUCUCGUCAUGACAUUGGAAGGGAAGAAUUUAUUAAGAAAAUAUGGCAGUGGAAGUUUGAAAAGGGCAACAGAAUUUAUUCACAGUUGAGGAAGAUAGGCAGUUCCUGUGAUUGGAGUCGUGUUUUUUUUACGAUGGACCCUAUGUUAUAUAGAGCUGUAAUGGAAGCAUUCGUGCGUCUGCACGACGAGGGUAUCAUUUACCGCAGCAAUCGUUUGGUCAACUGGUCGUGUGCUUUAAAAAGUGCUAUAUCAGAUAUUGAAGUUGACAAGGUGGAGUUAAGCGGUCGGACUCUACUUUCGAUACCCGGCUAUGAGAAGAAAGUGGAAUUCGGUGUUUUGGUAUCAUUUGCUUAUCAGCUCAUCGAUUCCGACGAUAAGAUAAUAGUAGCAACCACCCGUAUUGAAACGAUGUUAGGAGACACCGCUGUCGCAGUGCAUCCGAAGGAUAGCAGAUAUGCGCAUUAUAUCGGAAAAUAUGUUCGACAUCCAUUUUGUGACAGACGUAUACCAAUUUUAGCGGACGAAUUCGUUGACAUGGAAUUUGGCACUGGUGCUGUAAAGAUUACGCCGGCUCAUGAUCCCAAUGAUUAUGAAGUAGGGAAAAGGCACGAUUUACCGUUCAUAAAUAUCCUUAAUGACGAUGGAUGUAUCGUUGGAGAUUACGGGAAGUUUACGGGAAUGAAACGAUUUGAAGCUAGAGCGGUUAUCCUUGAAGAAUUGACCAAGAGAAACUUGUUGAUCGACGUGAAAGACAAUUCAAUGGUAAUACCUAUGUGCAGCCGAUCCAAAGAUGUCGUUGAACCUCUCAUGAAACCGCAAUGGUACGUCAAAUGCGAUGAAAUGGCUGCUCAAGCUAAGGAGGCAGUAGCGACGGGUGAGUUGAAAAUUAUCCCGCAACAAUAUGAGAAAACUUGGUAUCUUUGGAUGGAUGGCAUCAGGGAUUGGUGCAUUUCGCGUCAGCUCUGGUGGGGUCACCGCAUCCCCGCAUAUGCAAUCGAGCUUGUUAAUUCUUGCACGAGCAUGAACCAGACAGGUGAAACGUACUGGGUGAGUGCACAUUCCGAGACCGAAGCCAAAGAGAAAGCGGCUAAGAGAUUAGGCGUUGAUGCAAGCGAGAUCAUAGCGAAUCAGGAUCCCGAUGUGUUGGACACCUGGUUCUCUUCCGCUCUCCUCCCGUUCUCUAGUUGUGGUUGGCCGGAUCAAAUUCCAGAUCUGAAGGCGUUCUAUCCAGGUACGCUGCUGGAAACUGGCCAUGAUAUACUUUUCUUCUGGGUUGCCAGGAUGGUUUUCAUGGGACAGAAAUUACUGGGACAAUUGCCUUUCAGGGAAGUGUAUCUGCAUGCUAUGGUGAGAGAUGCACACGGAAGGAAAAUGAGUAAAUCCUUGGGAAAUGUAAUAGAUCCUAUGGACGUGAUUAAAGGAAUAUCACUGGAAGAUCUUCACAAACAACUGCUAGAUUCGAAUUUAGAUCCGAAGGAAUUGAACCGAGCACGAGAGGGUCAGAAACGUGAUUAUCCACAAGGCAUACCGGAGUGCGGUACGGACGCUUUGCGAUUCACUCUCUGCGCUUACACUACUCAAGGACGUGAUAUAAAUCUUGACGUGCUCCGUAUACAAGGAUACAGGUUCUUCUGCAACAAAAUUUGGAAUGCUACCAAAUUCGCACUUACUUAUUUCGGGCCUCAGUUCAAGUACGACGCGAAUCAUACGUCUCGUGAACGUAACACGAAUGAUGAUAAACGACAUAAUAAUUCAAUCGAUAUUGACACGGAGGGGACAUGGUACAGCAAGUGCCAUAACUGGGAUUUGCAUCAACCAUCUAUUCAAGGAGCGAUAAAUAAUUAUUUAGCGGACCACCCGUACCUCGAUGGUUACACACCGACGCAACUUGAUCCUGCGGUUCAUCAGUUGUUAAAGGAUUCAAAUAUUAGUUCUGUGAAUUAUCCGCAUCUUAAGCGUUGGUACGAUCAUAUUGAAACGUUCACGGACGCAGAAAGAGCCAGAUUUGCGAAGGUGGAAAUGUUGAAGAAUAUUCAAAGGAGAGUUGAAGAUACGUUUGAGUUGACUGACUUGAGUGAGAAAGAUGUACACUUAUGGAUGUUAUCGAGAAUCAGUUACGCUGCCAAGGCAUGUAACGAGGCACUGACGCAAUAUGACUUCGCGUUAGCCACUUCUAUCUGCCAUAAUUUGUGGUUGUAUGAAGUGUGCGAUAUUUAUCUGGAAUAUCUUAAACCAAUAUUUCAAAGCGAAGAUAACGCGGCCAAGUUAGCAGCGCAGAAGGUAUUGUUCAAGACAAUAGACGUAGCGUUACGUUUACUCCAUCCGUUUAUGCCGUUCAUAACGGAAGAGCUCUAUCAACGUUUGCCUCGCAAAAAGCAGAUGUAUCCGAGUAUAUGUGUCAGUCCGUAUCCAAACGUCGCCGAGUGCCCUUGGCGAAACUACGAGAUCGAGGAGGACGUGGAAUUCGCGCAGAAGAUAAUCAGGAAUAUCAGAUCGACUCGUGCGACUUACUAUUUACCUAAUAAGACGAAGACCGACGCAUUUGUCGCGUGUCGCGAUCCAAUUUUGAAGAAAAAGAUCGAUCGAUACAAAUCACUCAUAGACAUCCUUGCGUAUUCCACCCUCAAGAUGGAGGAGCCGCCGGCAGGGUGUGAGAUCAUCACCGUGACCGAUAAGAUUCAAGUGCACCUUUUACUCGAGAGAGCCUUAAUUGACACGAAGAAAGAAUUGGAGAAGUUGUACAAGAAAAAGGAGCAGCUGGAUGAAACCAUACAGAAAUUGAAACACGAAUCAAGCAUGCCCGAUUACAACGUAAAAGUGCGUCUGCCUGUUCGAGAAAGCAACAAGGAAAAAUGGUCGAGAAGCGAAGGCGAAUUAAUAGGAGUAUUCGAUGCAACGGCGAUUCUACAGGCUAGGUCUUGUUCCAAAUAAUAUUUCUAGGAAAAAUGUCCUCUAAAUCCGUUUUAGACCGUAAUUAUUACAAUUUAUUCAACAUCCGAUGAAAAACGAAAUUUAGUUAGAAACGUUCCAAUUGUCACUGUGUUGUAUGUUUCCCUUGUUCAAGAUUUCGC